CAGCAAACAUUUUAAGUUAGCACUUGGCACGUUUUAUAUCUCUAUUCAUACCUCACCGAGAACACGCUGUUAGCUCGUAUUUUUCACGGUCGAAGGACGCAGGGCCCCCAUUAGUUUGCCAGGUUUGAUACAACGAGAGUUGGUGUUCGGAAAUUUGUGAUACCGUACCGCGACCCGAACGUUGGACGGCGAAAGGCCCUGUUGUGAAACUAUCAUCGUCAUAAACAUCUUCAUCAUGAAAAUGUUAUUGUCUCCCCAAGUCGAUGUGCACAUUCUUCGCUCGCACAAGAAUAAUCUGGCCCAUAUAUCUGGCCUUCCACCGGAGAUUCUUGCGGCUGUCUUCAGAAACUUCAUAGAAGAGCAGGAUCACCCGAAAAAUGGCACCCCUACUUGUGUGAUAGUCACGCACGUCUGCAGGCACUGGCGCCAAGUCGCCCUCGAGUGCUCGACUCUUUGGAGAUAUAUCAUUUAUACCCCUGCUCGCUGGCUAGGCAUCAUGCUUGAGAGAUCAAAGAACGCUGCUUUGGUCGUCGAGUACGAUGUGACGGUCUCGCUACGAGAUUGUUUGGAACAAAUCCUUUCACAGCUACCUCGAAUCAAAGUCCUCCGACUUAGCUCAUUAAGUUCACUGGACAUUGAUCGCACUAUCCACUUGUUAUCAUCGCAACCCGCAUCACUACUUGAAAUAUUCGAAUUCUCAGUCGUGAUGUUCGGCCUUCCUACAACAAAGCCCAUUUCAAACACUACAUUCCAAGGACAAGCACCCCGACUUCGGAGUGUUGUGCUUACGAGUUGUAACUUCAGCUGGACAUCAUGUAUUUUCAACGGGCUUCGAACUCUUUGUGUCAGAGGAACAGGAACCACCUCCUAUCCUACCCUACCGCAGCUCCUGUCAGCUCUAAGACGUAUGCCUGCAUUGGAGCAGCUUACGCUUGAGCAGCUGUCUAUAAUUUCCGAGGAAACGAAACUUCUCGACAAAGUUCCACUCACUCGGUUGAAAAGUGUGGCACUGGGUGCUGCCUCGAUCCGAACUGCCACGUCUCUCUUCGCGCAAUUAGCCCUUCCCGUCGACGCCAAGAUCGCUCUACAACUCACACAAGUUCAAGGCGUUCAAGACUUCUCUGAUCUGUUUUCGGCCAUGAACAGGCAUCCCGUUGGAUCUGGUUCCGUCGUUCAGUCCCUGCGCGCCAUCCACCUUUCGCACCGCUCUUUUUGUGUCCAGUUUAGCACGUCGAUGGCGAUUAACACUGUAUAUUCCUGGAAUCCUUGUGACGAUGACAUACGGUUAUCGAUUCAAUUCACAUUUACAUCUGCUGAAGUCGACCCAAGCAUCAUUUUUGAUAUAUGCCAAACCGUCACGCGGGACAGAAUUCAAAAAUUCUCUUUUGGGUCAGAGUUUGACCUUCCAGGGAGAGAUUUCUGGCGCGCUGGGUCCUCCUUCCUCAUGGACCUCAAAAUUAUCCAUGUGAACAGCAGCUUCAUCGGAGGCUUAAUCGCUGCACUCGAGAUUAUCAAAGGCAAAAAGAACUCAGAUAUAGCAUAUCCGUCCCUCCGUGUUCUAGAAUUCGAGGCGGUCGAUUUCGAGGAGGAUGAACCUGAAGAGUUUCGGGAUGUCAUAAAAAUACGAGCCAAACAUGGUGUUCCCAUACACACCCUCCGACUCGCAGAAUGCAAGAAUUUAAGGGCUGAUCAGGUGCAAGGUUUCAGGGAAGUGGUUGCGACUGUUGAUUGGGAUGAAUAUGACGACUCAGAAGAGCCCUUGGGAGAUACCAAGAGUGACUUCAGUAGUUCUACCGAUGAUGCAGAGGCUGUUGAUUGAUAGACGUUUUAGAGCACGAACUAGGUGUUCACUUAUCAUUCAGGAAGCUGAUUGUCGUUCGGGGGAAAGAAGAUGAGAUACGACUCGGACGAGCCUCGUUGAACAAACCUUGUACAUAACACUUUAACGUGGUGGUCACUUGCGCAUCUUUUAAGACCAGAAAGUCCAUGGUAAAUAUUGUUGAAUGUACUAGCAGCCAACCCAUCUGCGUCAAAAAUCGGUCAGAUAUAAGUAUCAGAACAUAAACGACCCCGAGUUUGAAAUGUCGUGGACAAGCAUAUUGAUGAAGAUGAGUCUGACUAUCGUCAGGUGGUGCCGUUCUGCCACCAAGAGCGAAAAUUGAGAGACGAAGGCUAGAGGCACGCACACCUAGGAGCACACACAGUCAACGCCUGCCAAUUGAGCAUCGACCUGACACAAUGUAUUGAAGAGUGAGUGCGUGCGUCGAAGUAGUCGAGGAAGUAGAGCUCGAUGGCCAAGAC